AUGACAAGCAUGUCGUCCUUUCGGGCUUUGUUUCGAUUGAAGCAGCGGACUAAAUCCACUCUGCCUGCUACUCGCCAUACUUGGCAUGGACUGCGUCGCUCACCUUCCGCUGCUGCUCCCUUGACCCAAGAGCCAAGAUCGACUGCGAUCAGUGAAGAAGUAGUUCGAACCCCGACUGGGGAAGAUGGCGACAACGAUUUGGAGAGUUAUCAAGAUACGGAUGACCAACGAGAUGACUCUGUUCACGAACCACUGGAGAGACAGUCACCGGACGCACCGACACGAAACAGCAAUGGCAGCGCUCGUUCUCGAUCCGAGUUUCAGUGUGGAUCUCAGCGCGAAUCACAAGGCGGAUCUGGACGCCUAAAAGUCUUCAUCGCUUGGCUUCGCCUCGCCAGAUCCCAAGAUCGAAGCUCUGUAUCAGAGCCGCUUCAAUUUCAACCCACCAUUCCGCUACCACAAAAUGGGGCCACCGACCCGAUAACAACGGAUCCAGUCAAAAGAGAUCGUCCGUCGCAAUCAUCCGAUGUUGAAGUUAAGGAACAGCGGACUUCCAGCGCCCACACCGUACUUUCUCAGGAGUCGAAUCAUACCACCGCCACGGUGAACAGGCACCCGUCUCAGCGAAUUCCCGUGCCUAUCAAGGAGCUAGAAGAUGAUGUGUUCUGGUCGAGCUUGUUGAACUUUGAAAAAGACCAUACUCACCUACCCGAACCAUCGGAUCCUUUCUCUGACGGGAAGAAUAUUGAAUCCUGUCAUCAACCCGGGGCAUCAUCAAGAUAUAGCGAUCGCAGCCAAAGACAAUCUGAGUCGUCUGCCCAUUCUCAGGUCGAAGCUGAAAGGCAACCCUCUUCCAAGUUCCACACUAGUCACCAAUCUAUUGCCAAUGCCACCCGAGUCAGCUCUAUUAGCAGUCACGCCAGUCGAGGCAGUAGACUAAGCCGCGUAGACCCAUCCAAAGCGUCACUUGCAUUCGAUGCGCUCGCUGCUCAGUUGAACUUGGCCAUUUCGAUCCAGGGAGACGAUCUUGGCAUUCCUACAUCCGAGGAAAAGCCCGAGCAAACGCGACGGCGAACUCGAUUCGGCCGUAUGCGCCCAACUCAGUCUAAUCAGACCUUGGGAGAAGUGUCUUACACGGCCUCCAAGCUGCGACGGACUAAAACAUUUGCCAACCUCGGUCACCGACCGAGUCCAAUGAGCUCUCUACGAGGCAAGUCGGUUGAAUUCAUCGCACGGCUUGGAGGGCACAGCUACCUGAUCUUGCCCUCCAACCUAGCCCCGGCGCCUUUGAAAUUGCCGGCCUGCAUCGUGGCGAUGGUAGUAUACUUGCGAACAUCUGCCCCUCAUUCGACCGAGCUUUUCAUCGAACCAGGCGACAUGAAAGCCGCCGCACGCCUGUACAACCAUUUUGCGAAACAAGUGUUGCUUGCAGAACGAGAUGCAGACAAGAUCGCUUUAACGACACGUGUGAUCGCUCUCCCGCACGUUGAAGCCGAGUCCAAUGCAGCAGCCGUGCUCAGUGUCGGGUGGGUAUUCAAAGAACUAUUAGCGGGAUUCCCAGGCGGGAUUCUUGGAUCUGUUCGUCUCUUUCAAGUUCUGUAUGGCAUUUACCUUGCCGGCCCCGCGAAUGCAGGCUGCAUCCAACUAAUCACUUUCGCGAUCAUGGCAUUGACCGGGGAAAUGCAAUGUGCGCUGAUCUGUGCAGUGUUCGGGCUACUCACUAGCCUCCUGCAAAAGACAGAGAAGAUGGAAGAAGAACGAAGAACCCAUCCCGGGAAUUUGGUCCGGCCAGUGGCGAGUGGCCUCCAACCCGAUGGGUUGGCGCGGGCAUUUGGGCCGCUGCUGAUCAGCGGGUGUGAUCGUGAUCGUGCGGCGCAACGCUCGGUGGAACAAGAGGUCGAGGAGCAACGGGUAGUGGGGCUGUUACUCGCUCAUUGGCGUGGUGUCAGUCGCCAGCUUCGAGAAUGGACAGGGGAUUCACGGGGGAAGCGGGAGUAG